AUGGCAGGCGUCCCCGAGAAAGCUCGAUUCUUUCUCGAGCAAGCCGUUCCCCAGCUACGCGAAUUUGAGGCCAAGGGCAUAUUCACCACCGACGAAAUCCGUUCGCUAGUACGAAAGCGUACCGACUAUGAGCACCUUGUAUUGUCGCCUGGGAACAAACCAACUGACUGGUUGAACUAUGCCGCUUGGGAGAAAUCUCUCGAAACUCUACGCGCGAAGCGAUGUCGUAGAUUACAGAACGAAGGAAUGGAGAAGAGAGAGAAGAAAGGCGGCACCAAAAAGGCGAUCCAAGAACAGGCCGAACAGAGUGAUGAUGAAAUAAAAUUCGCCGAGAGGAGCGAUGACGAGGACGAGGACGAUAAUGUUGAUGAGAAUGGCCAGCUCAUUCUCCCAGACCCAGGAAACUUCGCUGGGAAAAUGGUUAUUGAUGAAGACAUUACGAAGAGUUUAGAAGGCACCUCGGAGGGCAACCCUGCGCUAGAUGGAGUAUCCCCCUUGGCUAUCUUUGACAUCUCAAAGAAGCAUCGUUCUUCAACUCCGCGGUAG